AUGUGGACUAGCGAGGGCCAGCCCCUUGCCGUGGUAAGCAAAUCUCCUUCAUCGAAGCGAGCAAUUCCCAACAACGUUAAAUUGGUGGUGCUUCCCGGAUUUGGCAAUAAUUCGAACGACUACUUUUUGCCCGAAGCUCCCCAGGGAUCUUUGGUUCGGUCUUUGCAAAACCGUGGCUGGCGAGAUGAUCAGAUUCGCGUUUUGCCGAUGGAACGUUUGGACUGGCUACAGGUUUUCGUGAAUGGUCUCUUUGACCUUCGCUUUUGGACGUCCAAUAUGGCGGCGACUUGUCCCUCCUUUCGGUGGUAUCUUAAGUGCGUGGCUGGCGAAAUUGCAGAGAUUUGUGAGGAAAGCUCGGACACCAAAGUGGUCCUUGUUUGUCAUUCGGCGGGGGGAUGGCUGGCCCGAGCGGCGCUGGGAUACUUUAGUCAGGCGCAAGCUGAUGAGCAAGACGUUCCGCGCAUUGAGUUGGAACGUGUGCUGGGUAUGGUCACACUCGGAGCUCCGCAUAUUCCACCGCCUCCUGAAGUGAUGGAUAUGACACGUGGUGCACUGCGUAUUACCAACGAAGAUUUUCCCGGGGCAUACCAUAUUGACGAUGGUCUCUUCUAUAUUACGGUUGUUGGCAACGCCAUUGCAGGCAUCAAAGAUCAGCGGAGAUCCCCGUUCGAACGCACUACACCAACUGGAUUGGCUUUUAACUCGUAUGAGGCCGUCUGCGGUGCCGGUACAAGUAUGGGCGACGGCCUUAUCCCUCGAAUGUCAGCACAUUUGGAUGAUGCUAUUCAAAUCAAUUUGGAUGGAGUUUUCCAUUCGAUUAACGCACCGGAUAAAUGGUACGGGUCGGAUAGUCUACUUGAUAGAUGGCAUGACACAAUGCUGGAACAAAUAUAUUCGAGCCGGAAUAUGAGUGUGAGGACGCCAAAUCGUGAUUUUGGCAACGUUGUGUCAAGAUAG